CAAACACGCCCUUGGAGACCUUCCCCUGCCGCGGCGAGGACACCGCUUGCUUUCACGGCCGACGACCUAAUCCCCUUCCCUCCCAUUGGCAGCCGUCGCCAUGCUGCGCGUCCGAAAUCGGCUCCUCCCUCUGCUCGGCGCCGCCUCCCCGCUUCCCUCCCCCAUCCACAUCCACCUCCGCGUGUGCCGCCUCCUCUCCACCUCCACCUCUACGGCCACCGUCCCCGCACCCUUCUCCCUUGAGAACUACCUCGUCGCCGCCUGCGGCUUCGCACCCGCCCAAGCUCGCUUGGUGUCCAAGAAGGCGUUCAACGAGUUGUCCAGGGAAUCCAAGAGAUCAUCGGAGGAGCACUCCUGCAGACGCCUCAUCUCCGCCUCCAACCCAGAUGCCAUCCUCGCGCUGCUCUCCGGCGCCGGCCUCUCCCGCGCCGACAUCGCCGCCGUCGUCUUUGCGGACCCGCUGAUCCUCCGCGCUUCCGUGAGUAAAAUCGCACCCCGCCUUGUCGCUCUCCGCGACCGCGUCGGCCUGUCUACUCCCCAGAUCGCUCGCUUCCUCCUGGUCGGCUCACGCGCUCUCCGCCGGUGCGACGUCGUUCCCAAGGUUGAGUUCUUCUUGUCCUUCUUGGGCUCCUUUGAUCGGGUACUGGCGGUCGCAAAGGCAAACUUGGGCAUCUUCAACGCGAACCUUGAGAAGGUAAUAAAGCCCAACAUAGACUUGUUUCGUCAACGCGGCGUUCGAAACGUCCCUAAGAUCUGUCUCCACCGCCCACGGACGCUUUCCUUUAACCUCGAACGCGUGAAGGAAUUUUUGCUGCGGGCAGAAGAACUUGGGGUGCCUGCCGCGUCGCCCUUGUUCAUGCAAGCAGUGGGAGUCGUCACCAGUUUUCCCCCUGAGAAGGUUGCUGCCAAACUUGACUUCUUUAAGAGGACUCUUGGUUGUUCUGAGUCUGAGGUUUCGAAUGCAGUGUCCAAGAUGCCACAAAUACUAGCAUUGUCUGAGGCGACUCUUCUUCGCAAGAUCGAGUUCCUGGUCAAUGAGGGGGCGAUAGAGCCACAGUAUAUUAUGCAAAGGCCUAUCCUGCUCGCAUUCAGCUUGGAGAAGCGGCUAGUGCCCCGGUAUCGUGUCAUCAAAGUGCUGCAGGGAAAGGGAUUGCUGAAUAGCAACAUGAGCCUUUCCUCAUUAGCUUCUCUUGCAGAAGAAACCUUCAAGUCCAAGUUCGUCGACUGCCACAAGGACUGUGUUCCUGGCCUUGCAGAUGCUUAUGCUGCAGCUUGUGCUAGUAUUGUGCCCUCGACAGUGUAAGUUAAGCCGUUUCAAAAACAAAAACAGUGUAAGUUAAGCUUCUCAUUUUGUGUUUUAGGUGGAUGCUCAUUGGCUGCUGUCCACUCUGCAAUUUUGAUUUCUGAAGUAUAUAACCACUCAUGAUCACUGAUUGGUCAUAUCCAAGGUUUAAGUUAUGGACUUGUGGUUAUUGAUGAAA